AUGCAAUUGAAGUGGCUUUUAAUCCUGAAAGUCGUGGAGCUUCUACUUACAUGUACAUGUAUAGGGCUCCACUACCACAGCUACAAUGGCCCUGAUAUCGGCAUGUUGGUCAGUGGUACCUACGUUGGCUACCUUAUAGUAUUCGCAGGAUAUGCUGCAGGUUACCUGAUGCAAACACCCUUACAAAAGCGUCUUGAUCUAUUUUAUUCCAUAGUAGGUGCUUUGCUCUUCGUGACGAGUGGAGCUGUGGUGAUCGACGGAUUAUACAAUUUUCCAACAAGUGAAUACAAGCGAAUUAAUAUGGCGAAGGCUUCGCUGUCCAUCGUCACCGGUGCUGUAUUUUUGACUGACGCUGUAUUAACUUACCUGAAGCGU